AUGGCCGAGUCAGCAGAGAAGACGCAGAAUCCCAUGAAGGAGCUUCGUAUCCAGAAACUCGUCUUAAACAUUUCGGUUGGAGAAUCUGGUGACAAACUCACACGAGCAGCCAAGGUACUGGAACAAUUAAGUGGACAAACGCCCGUUUACAGCAAGGCUCGCUAUACCGUUCGCACAUUCGGAAUCCGUCGAAAUGAAAAGAUCGCCGUCCAUGUUACAGUUCGAGGACCCAAAGCCGAGGAGAUUCUAGAACGUGGCCUAAAGGUCAAAGAGUAUGAGCUACGCAAACGCAAUUUCUCUGAGACAGGAAACUUUGGAUUCGGAAUCAGCGAACAUAUCGAUCUCGGAAUCAAGUAUGACCCCGCGAUCGGUAUUUACGGAAUGGAUUUCUACGCUUGCAUGACUCGGCCUGGAGAGCGCGUUGCCAAGCGCCGACGAGCUCAGACUCACAUUGGAGCAGGCCACAGGAUUAAACGUGAAGAAUCAAUAAAAUGGUUCAAAAAUCGGUUCGAGGUAAAAUAG